UAAAAUGGCGGCUCCGGUUCGGGUCCGGGUCCCUCCCGGGGCUCCCCCGGAGCCGCUCCCGGUUCAGCUCCUGCCCUGCCGCAUCCAGCACGACGGGCCCGCGCCUGUGGCCGCGUUCCUGCGGGCCCGGCCCGGCCCCGACGGCGAUCUGUGGGCCUCGUUCCGGGGGCGCCGUUUGGGGGGUCGGGAGCUGCCGCUGCCCCCCGGAUACACGGGGGCCGUGCUGAGGGGGGGGGAGCACGGAGAGACCCCCCUGGGGGACCCCCAGGUCAGGUCGGUGACGGUGACGGGGACGUUCGGGGCCAUCACGGACUGGGGGGGUGACACCGCGCCCCCCCCCGGGCGGGGCCUGGCCCGGGCCCUGCAGUGGGGACCCCUGGCCCGGAGCCUCCACGCCCCCGUGACUGAGGACAGCGAGGAGGAGGCGGAGCCAUGAGAGGCCACGCCCAGAUGGGGUGGAGCCUGCACAAGCCACACCUCUCUUAUGACAUCAAUGGACCAACUGCAGCCACGCCCAGAAUGGAUGGAGCAUUAAAGCCACACCCACCUCAUUAACAUCACUGACCACACCCAGUGGGUGGGGCUUGUUUGAUUUAAAGUGCCUGGAGUCUCUCCCAGUGUGGGUGGAGCCUGUGAAGCUCCACCUACUUUAUUUAAAAUACCAAAUAUAUUCACAGGAGGCUCCGCCCACAAACGAUG